UUUGGGAUUUACCAGUCGACAUUUGUAUUUGUUUUAAAUUCAAGGUUUUUAUGUCACACUUUGAAAAUAUUUUUAUUUUUUGACAAUUUAACCUAAAAUUUUAACCGCCUGCUUUGUCUUUUUACAGCGUUAUCAGAACUGUUAGUAGUAUUUCACACUGUAAAGAUCCAGUCUGACUUCACACGGUUUGUUUGAGUGACAUUGUUGGGGAUUUGUAACCUUGGUGUGGGGGAUGGGCGCCUGUGGUUAGGUAACCUUUCUGUGUGGCUGCUGAAUGUGUAAAGAGAAGGUCGCUUUUAGAGAAACGAACUCGUGUAAGGAUUUACUCAUUCGAUUAUUGUCAUAUUAUUAUAUCCGAUUAGUUUUCGUUUAAUCUCUUUUGUAGACCAAAGGUCAGGCAUGGUGUCUGUAUGAUUCAAACUCGUGUGAGAUUGAUUAUCUUCGUGACUUCCUACAGCUUUAACGUUGAUUAACGUUGCCGGUGAGGUUGUCUAAUUAGUUGUGUUGGCCAAAAGCAGCUUUUACUUCAAAUGGAGUUGGGGUCAUGGAGGAAAACUGCUGUGUCAUUCAGUGAAUAGGUGGUUGUUCAUGUUACCCUGCUAGGUGUGGUCUUUUUAUUGUUCCUUGAAGUGAGGGGCUACAGCCUCGUCGUUAUACAUUCAGUGAGAAACGUGAAUUUGUUUGUUUUGAAGUACUUCCUUUAGUGUUUGAGCCAUGGAGGCCUCGUUUGGUUGUUGUGCUCAAAUGGUGUUUAAAUUCGCAGCAGAUGGACGCUACUCGUGUCAGUUGUAUGUAAGUAAACGGUGAAGCUGUUCGUGUUGUUUUAUUGUCGUUGUAUCCUUCGUGUUGUUCAUAAUUCCUGUAUAACACUCGUGUCACUGCACUUUAAAAUGGCGGCGGCUCCUCUCCUCUAACAGAAAUGCGGAUGUUCCAGUAAGUAGCGAGCUCGUGGGGAGAGGCUCUUGGCUCCUGAGGGGUGCGCGUGACUCAGUGCAAGAACCAAUGGGCUUCUUGGUAUUUACCCUGGAAGCCCGCGUUACAGCCGUAUUGACCAAUCCUAGCCGUCGCUGUGCACACGUUGACGUAAUGUAAUAUGAUAAGGAGUAGGGAGGCUACCGUACACUCGCAUUUCGUGCAGGAUUAUACCGAGCAACCAGUCACAGGCCGCGCUUCUGUAAUGCCGAACAGGCUGGGCCAAUAGGAUUGAGCAGUUGCCUUGAUGGACAGCAGAAACUUGCGAAUAGGUUGGCCCGAAAGAUUAGCAGUGGAGCCUCAGUAUCAAGGGGUGUGGUGACUUUGACGGACAUCGUAAGCAGCGAAUAGGAAACCUGAGGGCGUGGACAUUCUAUAGUGGUCUAGCCAAUAGGGUGAGUGGUUGGUCUAUAAAAGAACGGGUGUAGUCGCAUCGUCGCCAUUUCAACGAAGCUGAUUAAAGGAGUUCGCUGUGGCGGGGAGCGGAGAAAACUGACGAACAGAGACGGAUCCAGGUCCGAGUCUAGCUAAAAACAGAAUCCGGAUCCAUCCUGAUGGAUAUGGCUGUUAACCCGCUCCUUGACAGCUCCCAUGUCGGGCUUGAGGUUGGCAUAAUGGGAGUCACAACGAUGGACCAGAAUUCUGGCACAGCUGGAAAACGCAUCCGAAAACCUUCACUGCUCUAUGAGGGGUUUGAGAGUCCUGGGAUGCCCCCUCUCAGUCAGAUGGCUCAUUCUGGACCGCCUCAGCCCCCGGUGAAAGACCCCAGCCGACAGGGGAGGAUGACCAACCAACUUCAGUUUCUACAGAAAGUCCUGCUCAAGUCUUUGUGGAGGCACCACUUCGCAUGGCCCUUCCAUGAACCUGUAGACGCUGCGAAGCUCAACCUGCCUGACUAUCAUAAGAUCAUCAAAACUCCAAUGGAUAUGGGCACUAUUAAGAAGAGACUAGAAAAUAAUUACUACCGGAGUGCCAGUGAGUGCAUGCAGGACUUCAACACCAUGUUCACCAAUUGCUACAUUUAUAAUAAGCCUACAGAUGACAUAGUACUGAUGGCUCAGUCUCUAGAGAAGGCAUUCCUGCAGAAAGUGGCUCAGAUGCCCCAAGAGGAGCUGGAGCUGCCGCCUCCCCCUCCACGGAGCAAACCAGGCAAACCUGGCAGAAAAGGCCGAGGUAAUGCAGUCUCCGGAGGAGUGACGACAGCUCAUCAGGUCCCAGCUGUCUCCCAGUCCGUGUACUCGCCUCCCACCCCGGAAACACCGGACUCCAUCCUCUCCACCCCCCCACAGACUCUUUUGUCUAAGAGCUUGCCCCCUUCCCUUCCAACUGAACAAAGCAUCCCUACCAUUACAGGUCUGCCGCCCACACAGCCCACCGCUAAGAAAAAAGGUGUGAAGAGGAAAGCGGACACAACCACCCCAACCACUGUAGCCAUGCCCAUCAUGAGCACCAUGGGCGUCAGUGGCAUCAGCCUGGGUAUGGGCGGAGGACACGACACUCCGCUCACCCUCACCUCUCUGGGGGUGGACCACAACUCCAGCCUGGGGAUGAACCAAGGCCUUAGCCUCAGCCAGGGAAUGGGGAUGGGCAUGGGCAUGGGGAUGGGUAUAGGUAUGGGCUGUGGACCAGUGAUGAUGGGUACCAAAGGAACAGCGGGGGCCAGGAGAGGAGUGAGUGGACGACCCAUCAAGCCCCCCAAGAAAGAUUUACCAGAUUCCAUGCUGCCACCACCGGUGCGUCGCAGCAAGCUUAGCCCUCAGCUGCGCUACUGUAACGGGGUUCUGAAGGAGCUGCUGUCAAAGAAGCACGCAGCGUACGCCUGGCCGUUCUACAAGCCCGUCGAUGCCUCCACACUCGGGCUGCAUGACUACCAUGACAUCAUUAAGCAGCCCAUGGACCUCAGCACCAUCAAGCGGAAGAUGGACAGCAGAGAGUAUCGUGACUCGCAGCAGUUCUCUGCUGAUGUUAGACUGAUGUUCUCUAACUGCUACAAGUACAACCCGCCCGAUCAUGAUGUGGUGGCCAUGGCCAGAAAACUCCAGGAUGUCUUUGAGUUCUGCUUUGCUAAGAUGCCAGACGAACCUCCAGCACCCCCGAGCUCCUCGUCUUCCUCCUCCUCGUCUUCCUCGUCAUCAGAGAGCGAGCUCAGCAGUGAAAGUGAGGAGAGCGAGAGCAGCCCCAGCUCCGACUCUGAGGAGGAGAGGGCCAACCGGCUGGCAGAGCUGCAGGAACAGCUAAAAGCCGUACACGAGCAGCUCACUGCACUCUCCCAGGGCCCCAUCGUCAAACCCAAGAAGAAGAAGGAGAAGAAGGACAAGAAAAAGAAGAAAAAGGUAGAGAAAGAGAAACAUCGGAGGAUAGAAGAAGAGCUGCCGCCUCCUAAACCGGCCAAGGCCCCCAAAAUCACAAAGACUCCAAAACCCAAGAGCAACCGAGCGCCGGCGUGUCCUGUAAUCCCGAUUAAGAAGGCACCAAGCAAGAAGAACAACAAGAGCAAAUCCAAAAAGGCCGGCAUGACGUUUAGCGUGCCUCAGCCGGUCCACGAUCCCAUAGUGAGUCAUUUCGACUCAGACGAAGAGGAGGAGACGGCGCCCAUGUCGUAUGAUGAGAAGCGUCAACUCAGCCUGGACAUCAACAAGCUGCCCGGCGAGAAGCUGGGCCGCGUCGUUUACAUCAUCCAGUCCCGCGAGCCAUCGCUCCGAGACACCAACCCCGAGGAGAUCGAGAUCGACUUCGAGACGUUGAAGCCGUCAACACUGCGCGAGCUGGAGAGAUACGUCAUGACGUGUCUGCGGAAGAAACCUCGAAAGCCAUAUGCAAGUAAAAACAACAUUGCUGGCAAAUCCCGAGAAGAACUCGCUCUGGAGAAACAAAUGGAGCUGGAGAGACGACUGAUGGACGUCAGUGGUCAGCUCAACUCUGGAAAGAAGCCGCCUAAGACCAAACCAGAGAAACCUGCAGCAGAGCCUCACACCCAGCCGUCACGUCUCAGCGCCAGUAGCUCCUCCUCAGACUCCUCUUCGUCAUCCUCUUCCUCCUCAUCCUCGGACACAAGCGACUCAGACUCCGGCUGAGAAGCACAGGGUUUCCACGCGAACCCCCCCUCGGGUGUUUUUUCGCUUCCCACCCAGUGGACUGAUUUGCAGUAGAGCUACUGACGACGGAGCCGCAGGACGGAUCAGACGAGACCAGCACUAGGCAGAACCGGUGUGACUCAACAACCGUCAAACCAAGAAAGAGAGAGAUGGGGCCUUCCCUGCUCAGCUCAUUCAUCCUGUCCUGGACACACAAGUUGAGGCUGGAUGAACUGAUGGAAAGAAGGAGACUCAUUGUAACGUUCUCUGGAGAACUGGCGUUGUUGGGCAGAGCGAGGGAUGCUCCAUCUCCUGCAACGGGAAAAAAGGAGAAGAGCGAAGCAUGCGUUGGAGGGAUAAGGGUGCUAGAGCCAGAAUCUGUCUUAUUUCUGGAGAUAAUGUCCCUUCUUCCCGUGCUCUGUCUUUAUGCUGUAUAGAUAAGGUGUACAGUUCUAUAAAUAUCUAUUUUUCUUUUAUAAAGAAGCAUUUUACGAGCUAACUUAUUCCCUCAUUCUGGGAAAGAUGAACUGGUGUGGGCGGAGUUGUGUUUUAGUUUUUGUUUAGAUUUUUUUUCUUGAGUGACUGAAGGUAGAGGGGAAACACGUGUGUGUGCGUGUGUGUGUGUGUAUGGAUGUGUGUGUGUGUGUAUGGAUGUGUGUGUGUGUGUGCGUGCGUGCGUGUGUAUGUAUGUGUGUGUCACGUGUGUGUUUGCAUGCACAUGUGUGAGUGAGAUCGGGCACCACAGGUGCAGCCUUGUGAAGAGUUCCUCAUAGUUUUGACGCGGGCGUUGAAAAUCAGUCUGCACGCAGAAGCACCUUGGUUCAGUAGAAUACAGAAUGCAUGCAAUACAGAGGAGCUGACAGACAUCUGCAUACUCAUGUACUACUUUACUGCAUCCGUGUGUACUCAUGUACUUGUUUGAAAGGGUUGGCCACUGUACAGAACUGUGACCUAGUUACACAUCAGUUUAUACAUAAAUAUUUCUGUUCCCAUGUGUGCUGUCUUUUUUUUUUUCCAUCCUUUUCUCUGUAAACGUGUUGUUGCUUUUUUUUUUCUUCUUGUGACCAAUCUGCUAAUAAAUUGUGAGGACGUGUCUUGUCCGCUCACCUGUGUCCAAAUAACAUCUCGGUUCUUUUGAUUUCUUUUUGUUCUGUUUGACUUUGAGUCCUAAAUCAUCCGACUAGACUUGAGUAUUUUGAAGUUGCUAGAAAAGGUUUUACUCGUUUGAUAUUUUCUUCAUGUAGGUGAAGCGUUGUCGGACGGGCCGUCACUUCUGAACGGCGUGCUGUCAGAAAGUAAAACCACUUUUGUCUUUUAAACUCUUUGGCCUUUGAGAUCUGUGGCAGCUGAACGUUUGACUUUCUGUGUUAGCGGAGUUUUGAGUAACUUUACUUUGUGUGAUUUAAAAACUUUUAGUAAAACCAGAUUCUCACCAGAAACUUUGAAGUCGAUGGUGAAGUUUUCUUUUUCUUUUUUUUUUUUUUUAAAGAAAAGAAAAGCAAUGUGGCUGGCUUAAAAACAUGAACGUGGCUUUUUGAAUUUUGGGGAUGGAGCAGCCAGUUAAAAAAAAAGAUGGUUUAAUAUUGUGAGUAAUGAUGCACUGUUUGUUUGGUGGUACUACUAAACAGGUUUGUGGUUUAGCUGAGGCGUGUGUCGUUUCUGAUCUUUAAAACUCGCCUGUGCUUCGAGGUCGCGUUGAGGAGUGUUGUAUGUUUGAAAGUGAUUAUUUAUUUAGAGGGAAUAUGAAUGGAGACAGAAUACUGAACGUAAUCAAAAGCUUUUAAAGUCAAAGUCUACUCUAUAAAAUAUGCACAGAUUUAACUGUCAGGAUUGUAUGGUGUACAUAUUUUACAGUCUCAAUCUUUGAGCAUGUUUUUGUUUUUCCUUCAGUAACUUACUCGUUUCUUUCUUCUUCUUUUUUUGGGCUCCUCUUCUAAAACAAAAUACUCCAGAGUUGUCAGUCUUACUUUUCUGAAGUUUGUCAGAAAUCUAAAUGCCUCUGUACUUGACUCCAUUGUUUCAUCUGAACAUCUGUACAUAAAUAAACUGAGACAUGUUCAUCUUUUCAG